AAAGGUCAAACAUGGAAACAGAGUAAAGAAGACAAAAGACUGAAAAGCUAAGAAAACCUUUCCAAAAAUGGCAAAGAACACUAACUCACUCUUCUUCUUAGGGGUAUUAACGUCCUUUACACUCGCCAGUCUCCCGGUGAGCGGUUCCGGCGAGCCUCCUCUCUUAUUCACUUUCGGCGACUCUUCCUACGAUGUGGGCAACACGAAGUUCUUCUCCUCAGUGUUCGAUCCAGCCACCGUGUGGCCUUACGGCGACUCCGUCGAUGAUCCAACCGGUCGUUGGUCGGACGGCCACAUUGUCCCAGACUUCGUCGGUCGAAUGAUUGGUCAACAGGAACCAAUUCCUCCGGUACUUGAUCCAAAAGCCGAUCUUUCUCAAGGAGCAAGCUUCGCUAUGGCUGGAGCUGUUGCUCUUGGAUCUCAAUCUAAGACUGUAGCUAUGAAUUUUGGAGAACAGAUAUCGAAAUUUGUAGAGAUACGUAAGAACUGGACUGAUGAAGAACGAGCUGAUGGUGUAUACAUGAUCAACAUCGGAGCUGAUGAUUACUUGAAUUUUGCUAAGGAUCAUCCAAAUGCUAAUCCUGCAGAGCAGAUUGCUCUAGUUGCCAGCGUUCUCACUAGGAUAUCAAGAGAGCUCAUGAAAUUAUACCGGUCAGGUGGGGCGAGGAAGUUUGCGGUACAGAACUUGGGACCGCUUGGUUGCUUACCAAUAGUGAGACAAGAGUUUAAGACAGGUGAAAGUUGUUUGGAGAUGGUUAACUUCAUGGUGAAAACACACAAUGAAAGGCUUAUUCAUUUGCUCCGUGCCAUGACCGUACCAUACCGUGGCUUUCGGUACAGCUUCUUCGAUUUCAACGGUGAAAUCCUUCGGAGGAUCAGUGAACCGUCACGCCACGGAUAUACUGAUGCGACGACCUCUUGCUGUGGUACUGGAUCGAGAAAUGCAUUCGGGUGCGGUUAUAACAACGUGCAUUCGAAGCUCUGCAGCUACCAGAAGUCAUUUCUGUUCUUCGACGGGCGUCACAACACCGAGAAAACCAAUGGAGAAAUCGCUAAUCUGUUUUAUUCCGGAGACAAAAAUGUCGUCUCUCCUGUGAAUAUAAGGGAUCUCGUAGUUAGAUCCGUGUCCGAUCUUCCAGCGCAAGCAAUCUAGAAAACCCCCAGUCAUGUUCUGUUUUUUUGUGAAAUAAGUAAAUGGUUGUUGAUGUUGUAAGCUGUAAAACUCUAAUUCCAUUUCAUACCAGAAUGAGGAGAAACAAAUUAAUAAGCCGUUUACGUGGGAAAA